AUGACGUCGUACAACUAUGCAAAAUUUACUGAAGCAACUAUUUAUAAGCGUUCCAAAAAGAGUGGGCCACAUUUGGUUGGCCAUUGGGAUGUUAUCGUCAAUGUAGAAGGUUAUGGUAAUUAUCUUAUUCAUAAUACUUCUAAGUCAGGAGCGCUAGCUAUACCUGUCAACAAUUUGCAUCCGCCGUGGACGUCAGUACGUCGAAAUCCAGUUGGCAAGGACAAAACGAUUCGCGAUUGUUUGUUUGUGUCUGGUGGUGCUCAUACAAAUUAUGUUUCAUCAGAAUUAGUUCGAUACAUUAUGGGGCAAACAUGUGUCAGGACGAUGGUUGCCAUAGCAGAAUAUUUAAUUUCCACAUAA